UUGUAGCGAGCUGGUGGAAGCCAGUUCCAGAAGCGCGGUGGAAAGUAAAGUAAAUGUUGCAGUGAAGUGAGGGAUGCCUUUCUCGAUGGGGAUUCUCCACAUCUUUUAUAUGUGUCUGGCCACCAAGAGCAUAUGUCAUAUGUGUGCGUGUGUGGCAAAUUCUUCCUGUGUGGAGCCCCUUGGCUGGCGGAUCAACGCACACACCACACCGCGACGCCGUGUAGACUCGUCGCCACCGAUGGUCGUCGAUUUGAGACGUGUUUCGGGCGCUCGUAGACAGCGCGCCCUCAUCCUGUCUUCGUCUUCGCCCAAUGUAAGCGCCUUUGACAUUCGGGUGAGGCCGUCGGGUCUCGCCAAUGCGUGCAACGACACGUACAAAAGUAGCUCGACUAUUGCAUACCUUUCGAGGCACGCAGUCCGUUCAUCGCUCUGACGUGGGAAUGGCCGCGGGCUGCGGCGGUGGUGGCGAAAGCAAAAUGGUUCUGCGCUGCCGCCCAACCGUCCUUGGUCCACACAUCGACUGUCCGGUCGUUUGGGACUCCUGCAGGUCUGACGAUCGUGUGCUUGGCUCACGUAUACUGAAUGUGCGGACUGUUUGUUGUGAAGGCAGGUGGCGAGCACCCGAAUGGCGCAGAGCUGUUGGUGGCGCCGCACGAGUAAGCUCCAGAGAUGUCGCGCCGUUGACCUUUUAUUCUGUUUUUGAUCACGCCUUCAAGCGAGCUACCGGAGCUCGCUUGUGGCCACAUAUGUUUUUGUCGCCGCUGACCUUGUUCGAGAGUUUGAAUGACCACGAACGAUCAGCGUCGGGGCGCGGUUGGCACCAACCUCCGCGUCGACUGCUUUGACGCCGAACAGGACAGCGCGCUGGCGAAAGAAGCAUACCGGUACACGAACGCGCGUCUCUCUUUGCCAUUCCGCUCCCUCUCCGGAUGAGAAGGAUGAGGCGCGCCUACGACGUCGACGAAUUGCGGUCAUGGGUGGUGUGAACAUAGAAGACCCUCGCGAUGUUCUCUCAGAUCGAGUGCACUGUCGCGCUCCGCCCUCCCGUGGCAAAGACGAGCACGCAGCACGCAGCACGGCAGGGCUGGAAAUUUGAACAAGGUUCGGCUCGGGAAACAUCGGAGGUGGUGGCGAUGCCGCCGCGCCUCGACGAGGAUGACUCUUGCACCAUCCCUCGCUCUCUCGCGCGCGGAGAGAGACCGCCAUCGCUUUGUCUGCAUGUGUGUGCACGUCGCUGUACCAAAUCUGUGUCAGUCAGCCAAAGUCACUCACCCGGAGCCUCACAUGACAGCCAAGCUUUUCGUGUCGAAAGAUGUGGCGAUGCACCUUAUUACUGUGCCAAGAACUCUCUUUUCCAAAGUCUGUCCAUCUUCCAGCGCAUUCGCUCGUAAAUGCGCCACCAUCACCAUUCCUGCAUCUGCCUCGCCCCGACCCUCUCUUGUCUCCAUCUACAAUCGCGACAGUCACCGCGCCUCCACCACACCGGCGCGUGAAGAAGCAGAUGGUCAAACCUUGUCCGCGUGCGUGCCGGUAGGUACUCAGAAAGUCGCCCCUGUUGGGCAGCCGCGAACGGACUGAACGAGAUGGCAUUGAAUGAGG